AUAUUUCAGACAUGGCGUCCUCCAGUCUCGUUCCUUUCUCCCAGCACGCGUUUAUUUAAACAAAAACCAAAACUUCAAACUUGCAUUGCAUUUCAAGCAAACACCUUCAUUCUUCAUACUUAAGCUCUUUAUAUUGAAUCUUAGAUCAUACCCAUUUUCAAUUCUCACUCCAUUUUCCAGGUUCUAUCACUUAAUUAUUCUUUCAUUCUUUACUGUUCACGAUCUAAUUUUUUUUUUUCCAUUUAUUUGUACAUAUAUAUAUAUAUCCAGGGUUUACGGCAUUUCUGUUGCAUUAUAUUUUAAAGUUCAACAGAGCUGUGUAUAUACUUAUUAAUAUCUGAUUAUUACUGGGUUUCGAUCAGAUUAUCUUUAAUCUUUGAAUUUGAAUAGCUGGGAUUAUGAGUACUGGUAGCUCAAUUGGGGUUUCAACGAUGAAACCUUGUUGUAGAGCGCUGAUUAGUUCUAGAAAUCCAUUUAUUUUUAGGGUUUCUCGGAACAGUGUAGUGAUUAAUGAUUCGUCAACGAAACGAUGUUAUAGACCGAAUCAUAGACUUAGGUGGUAUAGAUAUGAUCAUUGUACAUCAAAUGUUGUUGGUAAUAAAUGUAGAAAUGACUCGAACCGGAGGGGUUUUUAUGAUUCCGGUUCUAAUUCGGGUCGUGCUAGGGUUUUUAAGCGUUGUCGUGGUAACGAUAGGGGUCGGGGUGUUUCAGUUAUAGUUAAUGUGGCGUCGGAUGUGAGGGAUCAUUCGACAUCAUUGCCGUCAUCAUUGUGUGGUUCUCGUGUUAAUGGGAAGAGCUUUGGGAGGUAUUACAUUCAAGGUGGGGUGAAUGUGGAUUUGAAGCCUUUGGUGAUAGAGAAGAUAGAAGAUGAUGCAGGAUUAGGAGUUGAAGAAAAAGAAAAAGAGGAUAGGAAUAGGAUAGGUGUAAAUAAGAAUGAUACGGACGAAGUUGAAGUUUCCCCGCAUGAACGUAAGCUGUCGGAGAUUGAGGAGGAGGCGUGGGAGCUUUUGAGGAGCUCGAUUGUGAAUUAUUGUGGAAAUCCAGUUGGAACAGUGGCAGCAAAUGACCUGAGUGACAAUCAACAACUUAAUUAUGAUCAAGUUUUUAUCCGGGAUUUCGUCCCGUCAGCACUUGCUUUCUUACUCAAUGGGGAAGGAGACAUUGUGAAGAACUUCCUGCUUCAUACAUUGCAAUUGCAGAGCUGGGAGAAAACUGUUGAUUGCUAUAGUCCUGGACAAGGAUUAAUGCCAGCAAGUUUCAAAGUUAGACCUGUACCUCUUGAUGGAAAAGAAGGAGCCUUUAAAGAAGUUCUGGACCCAGAUUUUGGUGAAUCAGCCAUUGGACGUGUGGCCCCUGUUGAUUCUGGAUUGUGGUGGAUUAUUUUGUUGAGAGCAUAUGGAAAGAUUACUGGCGAUUAUUCAGUACAAGAAAGGGUGGAUGUCCAGACUGGGAUAAGACUGAUUCUUAACCUGUGCUUAACUAAUGGGUUUGAUAUGUUCCCUACACUAUUAGUCACUGAUGGAUCUUGCAUGAUUGAUCGGCGCAUGGGCAUACAUGGUCAUCCUCUUGAAAUUCAAGCCUUAUUCUACUCAGCUUUACGGUGCUCACUUGAGAUGCUAGCUGUCAAUGAUGGAACCAAAAAUUUGGUGGCAACAAUUAACAAUCGGUUAAGUGCACUGUCUUUUCAUAUUAGGGAGCACUACUGGGUUGACAUCAAGAAGCUCAAUGAAAUAUACCGUUACAACACAGAGGAAUAUUCUACUGAUGCCAUCAACAAGUUUAAUAUCUAUCCAGAACAAAUACCUUCAUGGUUGGGUGACUGGAUCCCUGAGCAUGGUGGUUAUUUGAUUGGUAAUCUGCAACCUGCUCACAUGGAUUUCAGAUUUUUUACACUUGGAAAUCUUUGGUCUAUUAUUUCCUCUUUGGGGACUCCCCAGCAAAAUAAAAGUGUACUUAACUUGAUUGAAGCUAAAUGGGAUGACCUUGUAGCGGAUAUGCCUCUUAAAAUUUGUUACCCUGCUUUAGAAUCUGAGGAAUGGCGGAUUAUAACUGGCUGUGAUCCAAAGAACACCCCAUGGUCAUAUCAUAAUGGUGGAUCUUGGCCAACACUCUUGUGGCAGUUCACUCUAGCUUGCAUAAAGAUGAAAAGGCCUGAGCUUGCUGAAAAGGCUAUUGCUUUGGCUGAGAAAAGGCUUUCAGUAGACAAAUGGCCAGAGUAUUAUGACACUAAGAAGGGACGUUUUAUUGGUAAACAAGCACGGCUUUUUCAAACUUGGACUGUUGCUGGGUAUCUGACAUCGAAGUUGCUCCUAGAGAAACCAGAUGCUGCUUCUGCCCUGAUCUUUGACGAGGACUAUGAACUUCUUGAGAUAUGUGUUUGUUCACUCAGCAAAGGCGGCAGAAAGAAGUGCUCUCCUGGUGUCACAAGACGUCAGCAUACCCCGUAGUUCAUGUUAUCGGUCGCUGAAUCUCUGUUUCUGAAUAUGCAUGUCAUGCACUUGUUAUAACUUACUACUGUAUAAGAUUUAUUACAAAUUCUUUAUAUCGCUCUCGCUAUUGGUUCCUUGAAAAUGUCAUGGCCAUUAAUUAUGUAAAAUUACAAGGUUAUUCUCUA